ACGGUUGAACUCGGCGGCACUACCUUCGGCAAGAGGCAACGCAGUCGUCGGGGAAAGCAACCCGAUAAGUAUACUGCACUUUUACUGAACAAUGGCGCGACUAGGCAAGCUAGACGAGUUCGACGAGAAGGAUCAGAAUUUUGAAUCCUAUCUGGAGCGUUUUGAGCACUUCGUCACCGCAAAUGACAUCAGAGAGGAAAAGAAGCUGGCAGUAUUCUUGAGUGUGAUAGGACCACGAACGUACGAGGUGCUCAAAAGUUUGGUAGUACCCGCUGUUCCUGGGGACAAGUCCUUUGAAGAGGUCACAGUGCUGUUGAAGAAACACUAUAGCCCACAGUGCUCGGUCAUUGCCGAACGUUGCAAAUUUAACAAGCGAGCACAAGAAGAGCAGGAAAGCGUCGAGGACUUCAUAGUGGCCUUAAAACAGUUAGCAAGGAAGUGCGAUUUCGGUCAGUUUCUGCAAGACGCGCUGCGAGACAGAAUAGUGGCAGGCAUAAGACGCGAGGAAACGCAACUCGCCCUAUUUGCUGAAGAAGAUUUAACCUUCGAAAAGGCGUGCAAGAUAGCCCGGGACCGAGAGCAGGCUGCGCGACAGACAGCGUUACUUCAUGCAGAAGGCAAGGAAGCGGCUUUUUAUGCAAUGGCGAUAAGAGGAAAAGGAAGCGAAAAGAAAUCGAAGCUUCGGAAGCUCAAGGAAGCCAAGCGAGUUUGCGAAAGAUGUGGCAAGGCGCAUGCGGCUAAAGAUGUGUCCAAGUAA